GCUGAUAGAGAAGUAAGUGAAGAACAUAUAGUUUUAUGUUAAGAUUUUGUUUAUUGUUUAAUACUAUAAUUAUUUUGACUGGUAUUCAGGGGACAAGAAUUCAUGCUUCAGUUGGAGAACAACUCAUCAAAAAAUAUGGUGAAAAGCUACAUGCGGGAGAUGCAAUUGUCGUCCAGUUGUUCAAGGUCUUCGAUGCAAUUGGUGAAUAUCGUACAACUCCACAUCUGUACAAAAUUGGUUUCUAUCCAACCACUUUUGUUGGAAAAGCUUUAGAUUUUCCAAGUGAAAUUCCUGAAAAGAAUUUUGCCGAUUUUACCGAUAUUCUGGAAGGAAAGAUUGAUAGCAGCUGCUUAGUUGAUAUAAUUGGACAAAUCGUCAACUUUGGGUCGCUGGAAAACAAAAGCAUUAAAGGCAAAGAUAACAUGAGGCUUUUGAUCGAGCUACGUGACCAUAGUAAUGUCAAGAUCAUGUGUACUCUGUGGGGUGGUUAUGCUAAACAAGUAUACGACUACAGUAUGAGUAACAUGUCCAUUAUGAUAAUUUGUAUUAUCAGGUUCUGUUCCAUUAAAGAGUGGAAAGGGGUUUACUCCAUAUCUAGCGGGUUUAAUUCCACCCAAAUUUUGCUAAACCCAACGUGUUCAUUGGUUGAUGAGUUUAAAUUGUGUCUUCCUGAUGAUUCACUUGCUAUAACAAACAAGGAUAGUAGCCAAUGGAGUGUUGCUAGUGCUACAUCUGUUCGUGCCCGGUUUUUUGUUCUUAAUGAGAGGCUAACAAUAAGAGAUAUCGUUGUCAGUACUCUGGUUACACGUUGGAACUUUUGUCACCUUGGGGACUAUUGA